GUCCAAAAGAUCAACACCUACUGUCUGCCCGUGCCUUCGUCGGCCAACUCGGACACGUCAGACAACAUGAUCAAGGAGAUCCUGCUCGUCGAGGAAGAGGACGAUGAGGAUUUGCGUUCCAAGAACUUGGUCUCCUUUCUGGGCAUGAAGGACGGUCUCACGGCCUCCAUUGCCUCGCAAGGCACUCUCUGUGAUGACUCCCCGCGAUCCUCGAUCGACACCGCCAAUGCCACACACGCACCCUCGCCGGGGGUCUCCGGAGCCGGGGUCUUGGGCAAUAACAGAGGAGGUCGAGGAGGGGUCCUAUCCCGCAGUGCCAGUCUGGCCUCCAAGUCCAAGGAACACGUGACGUUUAAGCUUUAAGAGAAAGAGGGUGGGUUCCCGGUCGUUUGAAUCGAAAAUCUUGGGUUGGGUGGGGGUUGGAUGGGAGUGGGGACAUGUUCUGUCAACGUUCCCCGGGACCUCGAAGUUAAGUGUUAUGCACAAUAAGGCUCUCUUAGAAUUGAGUCAAACCAAAAACACAUAAGGUGUCGAUCCAUUCCCGUGACCUUGAAGACGGCACCAAUGUGCUUGAGAGGCAUAUUUUUAUGGCCUUUCCAUUUCUCCGAAUUUCCCCUUUUGAGUCGUUCUUGAUCCAAGAAGAAAAAGGCCACGCUUACACAUUACGGCGACAACGCGUACCGCUGAGCUGCUGACAACCACCGAUACUUUCUCCAUUCCAAACCUACAUUCAACGUUCCUGAUGAUUUGUCCCUUUGGCGUUUAAGAAUCUGAACAAUCCUACUCACGAGAUAAAGUGUCAGGAUCUUACAAACCAGCCAUAACGAUACAUAUACGAUACAUAAAUGUGUUGAAUUUGUAAAAAUCAAUAAAGAAAACUCUAUUUAGCA